AAACUAUCAAAUUUAAAAUCUUGAAUGCUCCCUUUUAUCCUCUUUUUCACCAAAUCUUGAAUCCAGGAAAAAAAUAAUAUCUUUUUUUCUUCACUCUCUUCAGAUCUCAGCUUUUUCCAUCCCUUAACUCAUUUCUCCAUCAACUUUUCUUUCAAUGUAUGCAAAAUCCCAUCUUUUUUCUUCCCUUUCAACUCAUAGAACCAUCCUCAAAAAUCCCAUUUCCCCCCCUUAUUUUAGUUUCUAAUAUCUGUCUUUCCUGUUUAGAGAUUACCAUAUUUUCUCUCAUUCAACUCCAAAAAUUUCCUCCUCCAUCAACUUUCAAUGUAUAAAAUAAACCCAUUUUUUUUCACUUAAUAUGAAACUUCCCCAUUUCCUCAAAAUCCAAUCCAUUUUCGCACUUUGUUCCAAUCUUUAUAACCCCAUUUCCUCAAAAUCCCAUCUUUUUUCCCCUAUGUUCAAUCUUUGAAAUCUCAUUUCUUAGAAAGCCUUUUGUUUUUUUUUUUUCCUUCUCAGUUUUGAAAAUGAGUAAUUCUCAAGCACCCAAAUCAACAAAACCUUCAAAGGUUUCAACUUUAGCUCCUCCUUCAAACCCUGUUAAACCUUCUUCAGUGUCAUCUCACCUUGCAAUGGUAGAGCUAAAGCAAAGGAUUUUGACCUCACUUUCCAAGCUCUCUGAUCGUGAUACUUACCAAAUUGCUGUUGAAGAACUUGAAAAGACCAUCCAAUCUCUUUCUCCCGAAUCAUUUCCCAUGUUACUCAAUUGCCUUUUUGAUUCUUCAAAUGAUCCAAAACAAGCUGUGAAGAAAGAAUCUUUGAGGUUACUUUCAGUGCUAUGUAAUUGCCAUGGUGAAUUGGCAGCUUCCCAUUUGACUAAAAUCGUUGCCCACAUUGUUAAAAGGCUGAAAGAUGCUGAUUCUGGGGUGAAAGAUGCUUGCCGCGAUUCAAUAGGGGCGCUUUCAGGGCAGUAUUUGAAAGGGGAGAGUGGGGGGAAUAUGGUGGGAUUGUUUGUAAAGCCAUUGUUUGAAGCAAUGGGGGAGCAGAACAAAGGGGUACAAUCUGGUGCAUCGACGUGUAUGGCUAAGAUGGUGGAAUGUGCAUCUGAUCCUCCUUUGCCUGCUUUUCAGAAACUGUGUCCAAGGAUCUGCAAGCUGUUGAAUAACCAGAAUUUUAUGGCCAAGGCUUCCCUUUUGCCAGUAGUGGCAAGUUUGUCACAGGUGGGAGCAAUUGCACCUCAGAGCUUGGAAGCAUUGCUGCUAAGCAUCCACGAAUGCCUUGGGAGCACAGAUUGGGCGACGAGAAAGGCAGCUGCAGAUUCUUUAAGUGCAUUGGCACUGCAUUCAAGCAACUUGAUUGCAGAUAGAGCAUCUUCGACAAUAACCAUACUUGAGGGUUGUCGCUUUGAUAGGAUGAAACCUGUGAGAGAUAGCAUGACAGAAGCAUUGCAAUUAUGGAAGAAGAUUGCAGGAAAAGGGGAAGAUGGAGCUGCAGAUGACCUGAAAGCCUUGUCUCAUGAUGGUGACAAUAUUCAGUCAGCUGAAUCAUCAGAAAAGAAUGGCUCCAAAGAUCCAAGUGCGGGUGAUAAAAAAACACAUACUUCAGAUUCUGUUUCUGAAGGCAAAGGUGGAAGCAUUAUUGACAAAGCAGUUGUAAUUUUAAAGAAGAAAUCACCUGCAUUAACAGACAGAGAGUUGAAUCCUGAAUUCUUUCAGAAACUCGAAACAAGGGGUUCUGAUGAUUUGCCAGUUGAAGUAGUUGUUCCUCGAAGAUAUCUUAAUUCUUCAAACUUGAAGAGUGAAGAAGUGUCUGAUCCAAAUGGUUCAGACACGAGGAGGAGAUUGAGUGGUGUGGGAGACAAUCAGACAGAUGAUUUUCAUGCAUCUUCCAGCAGCAAAAACCGUAAAAUAGAGAGAGGAGCUGCUGGUAUGCGAGACAAAUGGCCUGAAGAGAAGAUAAAUGGAAACGACCUAAGAAAAAGGGCAACUGAUGCUGAUGACAGGAUAGAUGUAAAUCAAAGGGAGCCAUCUGGAAAUCGUUUGGGUUUCUCGAAAGUGGGUGGACAGUCUGAAGGGUCCUUCGUUAGCAACAAAGGAAGUUGGGUGGCUAUCCAGAGGCAGUUAGUGCAGCUGGAGAGACAUCAAGCUCAUCUUAUGAACAUGUUGCAGGAUUUUAUGGGUGGUUCUCAUGAUAGCAUGGUAACUUUGGAGAACAGAGUUAGGGGACUUGAAAGAAUUGUUGAAGACAUGGCUAGGGAUUUAUCAAUAUCAUCAAGCAGGAGAGGUGGUAACUUCACGGCAGCAUUUGAAGGACCUUAUAAUAGACAUUUAGGGAAGUAUAAUGGUUUUUCUGACUACGGUUCCAAGUUCAAUGGGCAAAUUCCAUUUGUUGAAAGAUUUGCCCAAUCUGACGGAAUUGUUCCAGGUGUGAGGGGGAGGGGACCUUCUUGGAGAUCUGAAAUGCCUGAUGAUUGGGAUUUCCCUGCAUUUGGUGCUUCCAGAAAUGGGCAAGUUGUAUCAAGAAGAGCUCCAGCUAGCAGUAGCCGGGAUAGUAGAUCUCCCAAAUCGGAACAUGAGAGUGAUCAGUUUGGUGGCAGGAGAGGUUGGGAUAAAGGUCCUGGGCCUGCGAGGCUUGGUGAAGGGCCUUCUGCUCGAAGUGUAUGGCAAGCAUCAAAAGACGAAGCUACCUUGGAAGCAAUUCGUGUAGCUGGGGAGGAUAGUGUAGCAUCUCAAUCAGGACGUGUUCCUGAAUUGACUGCUGAAGCUGUUGGCGAUGAUAAUGUUGGACCGGAGCGAGAUCCUGUCUGGACUUCUUGGAGCAACGCAAUGCAUGCCCUUCAAGUAGGUGAUAUGGACUCUGCCUAUGCAGAAGUUCUCUCUACAGGGGAUGAUCUCUUGCUUAUAAAGCUGAUGGAUAGAUCAGGCCCUAUGGUUGACCAACUAUCAAAAGAGAUAGCAAAUGACGCCUUGCACUCUAUUGUGCAAUUUCUUAUGGAGCAAGAUUUGUUUGAUAUUUGUCUAUCCUGGAUUCAACAGCUGGUCAAAGUGGUGAUAGAAAACGGACCUGAUGCAUUGGGUAUACCGAUGGAGUUGAAGAAAGAGCUUCUGUUGAAUUUACAUGAGGCAGCUUCCACGAUGGAUCCACCAGAGAAUUGGGAAGGCGCAGUACCUGAUCAACUUCUAUUACAAUUGGCAUCUGCCUGGAAAAUUGAGCUGCAACAGUUUGAUAAGUAAAUCUGCUGGUUUUGGUUUUGGAAUCCUGUGUUGUUCUUGCAAACUUCAUGAUUAUGUUACUCUGGUUCGGCGCAUAUAUAUUACAUGAUGUAAAUUUGAAGUGAAAGAAAACUAGCAUCAAUGGUUGAGGCUACUUAUACAUUUUGUAUAUCAUGUAAGAUAGUGGCCUCUGAUAUAAAUGUAAAUGUACGUCUACUUGACAAUGCCGGAUAUCGCAGAAAAGCUUUAACAGCUAUUAAUUUCA